AUGUUUAGUAGCAAGCGAUUUUCUUUUGACAAAAUCCCUGAUCUUUCUGGCAAAGUUGCAAUAGUGACAGGUGGAAAUACUGGUAUAGGAAUCAUAACAGUAAGAGAAUUAGCCCGUAAAAAUGCUCACGCAUUCGUUGCAAGUCGUAGUCGAGAUAGAGGUGAAUCAGCUGUAAAACUAAUAAAAAAAGAAACAAAGAAUGAUGCAGUUGAAUUUUUACAAUUGGAUCUACAAAGUUUAAAUUCUGUCAAAGAUGCUGCUGAAACAUUUUUGGCUAGAAAAUUGCCAUUGCAUAUUCUAGUUAAUAAUGCCGGUAUUAUGGGAACUCCAUUUGCGACAACCGUAGAUGGUAUUCAAGAUCAGUUUGGCACUAAUCAUAUUGGCCAUUUUGUCUUCACACUCUUACUGUUGCCAACCAUCAAAGCUUCGGCUCCAUCGCGUAUUGUAAAUGUUAGCAGUGAUGGUCAUAGAUUUGCACCUUCACCAGCAGGAAUAGAAUUUGAAAAGUUGAAUGAUCCUAAAGCUCAUACUCCUUUUCAAAGAUACGGUCAAUCGAAACUUGCAAAUAUUUUAUUUACUCUUGAACUUAAUAAACGACUUUCAGGAACAAAUGUCUAUUGUAAUUGCCUUCAUCCAGCGCGUGGAUUGGAAGCUGACUGGGGAUCUUGGAUAAAACCAAUUGUCUCCUUAGCUGGCUUUUUCAUGUUAUCACCUGAUGAUGGUGCUUUAACUCAACUUUAUUGUGCCACAAGUCCUGAAAUUGAAGAAAAAAAUUUCCGUGGAUUAUAUUUUGUACCAUUUGGUGAGGUAAAUGAACCUCUUACUGCUCAAGCUAAAGACGAAGAACUGGCAAAAAAGUUAUGGGAUUUUUCUGAAAAUUUUUGUAAAGAAAAAUUGGAUGCUAACAUUUUUA